CAUUCUGGUCGGUUCGAAGCACAGCUCGUCUUUAGUCGCUCUCUCUCAGCUACUGUGAGCCAAACCAACCUUGGAACUUGGAAGAACAAAAGCGCGAAAAGAACUCAAAUCCAUAAACCCCUUCCUCCUCCUCUCUCGCUCUUCCGCUAGGGUUUUUGUACUUCAACCUCUCUCAAGCGCCUAUAAUGGCGAGCACUAACUCCGUCGACGCCUCUCUCUGGUGGGACCCGUUCACGUUCCUCCUUUCCGAGCUUGAGAAUGCCCCUCUCUCCUCUGACCUUCCUCCAAAUCUGGUGAAGAAGUUAAGGGACAAUCACACCUGGUUCGUUGGCACAGUGUCGUGCUUCAAGCCACCGAAUGCGAAAUCGAGGGAGGCUUUGAAUUCACAGAAAAUUAAAUUAGGGACUCACCAAUUGAGUAUACAGCCGGAAUUGAGAGAAAAGGCUUUAAAUAUCAGCUCAUACUUGUGUUUAAACGAGGUGCAAUCGUACAUUCUUGUUGAAAGGUCUCUCGAGGACAACAAAUUAGGUGCUCACUCUGUAGUUCAAGAAUUUCUUCAUAUGAUAUUGCUUCAGUAUUACAUGGAACGACAGUGCUUACUAAAGUGUACCAGACAAAUUCUAGUACACGCCUUACAUGCUGGCACUGGCUCCAAAGAAGGUCAGAUUAUUAGAGAGGAGGCGCUAAAGCUGUUUUCCAAUGGACUUGAAAGGAAAUUAAUAUCUGUACUGGAAGAUCUCCUAUCCUCCAGUCAUCCUGAGCAAAUGGAUGUUGAUCUUUUCACUUUGUGGGCUGAGGAGACAUUGAUAGAAGACAAUUUGGUUCUAGACAACCUCUUCCUAGCAUAUUAUGAGUCAUUUUGUAGUUGCGAUGGUGGAAGAUGGAAAAAUAUGUGCUCCCUCUACAAGGGAAUCAUAUCUGGGGCUUACAACUUUGGAAAGCUGGAAAUAUCAUCUGAUGCACUAAAUUCUUCUUAUCGUGCCAAAGUUCAGCUGCUACUUAUCCUUAUAGAAACCCUGGACCUGGAUAUUCUUCUCCAGAUGGUUCAUGAUGAAAUUCCUUUCAGGAAGGGUGUCUCUGUUUUUGCAUUGCCCGAUAUCCUGGAGAUGGAUGCAAUAAUCUCCAGUUUCAAUGCUUUGGAAUUGAAAGAGGCCAGUCCACUAAUUCUAGCAUGGGCAGUGUUUCUUUGCCUAAGUUCAUCACUUCCAGGAAAGGAGGAAAAUAAUGUUCUGAUGGAGAUUGAUCACGUUGGUUAUGUACGUCAAGCCUUUGAGGCUGGAUCCUUGAAUUAUUUUCUUGAAAUUCUUCAAAGUGAUGUACUGAAGGAAACAGAUGGACCUAUUGCUGGUUAUCGAAGUGUCCUGAGGACUUCUAUUUCUGCAUUUAUUGCAUCGUAUGAGAUUAAUCUUCAGAUAGGGGACAGUACUCUUAAUUCUAUAUUGGAUGUUCUCUGCAAAAUUUAUCGAGGCGAGGAGUCACUUUGUAUUCAGUUCUGGGACAAGGAAAGUUUUAUUGACGGUCCCAUUCGGUGUCUUCUCUGUAACUUAGAGGGUGAAUUCCCCUUUAGGACCAUAGAACUUGUUCGCUUUUUAUCAUCCCUCUGUGAAGGAACUUGGCCUGCAGAAUGCGUGUAUAACUUUCUUGACAAGUCGGUUGGCAUAUCAUCCUUGUGUGAGAUCAGUAGAGAUUCUUUGGUGGAUGACAUUUCACAAAUUGUUGAAACACACCUGCCAAUUAACAUUCCUGGAAUUGAAGGUUUAUUCAUUCCUGGAAAAACACGUGGACACAUUUUGAAAAUCAUUGGUGAUAAUACUGCUCUUGUACGAUGGGAGUAUGUUCAGUCUGGCAUGCUGGUAUUGCUUCUCCGUUUGGCCCAGGAGCCGUAUUUGGACAAAAGUGAGGAAGUUUUCCUUACUCUUGACCUGCUUAGUCGAAUGGUGUCUUUUAACACGGCUUUGUGUUUUGCUUUGAUGGAGAUUGGCAGCUUAUUGCAUCCUGAAGAAACUGGGAUGACUGAGACAAUGGACAAGAAUAUGUGGGUGGCUGAAACCAUUUGCACUUUGGUCAGAAAUCUGCCUCCAAACUCCAGCAGUGCUGCUCUGAUGUCCAUGUGUGUCAAGAUUCUGGGCAAGUUGUUGAAAUGUUCCCCAUCUCAUGUUGCUGCGGUGGUUCUAAAGGCAAAUAUAUUUGAUGUGGUUUUAAGGACAAGUGUCUACGAUGUUGACAGUAAUGGUUCAUCAAGUGGAUCAUGGUUACUUUCUGGAAAACUGGCAAAGAUGCUUCUAAUUGACUGCGAGCAGAACGAUAACGACAACCCGCUGGCUAUAUCAGUAUUGGACUUUACUAUGCGGCUUGUGGAAACAGGAUUAGAGGAUGAUUCUGUCCUGGCUCUAGUUGUUUUCUCCCUGCAGCAUGUGCUAGUUAGUCAUGAGUACUGGAAAUACAAGGCGAAGUAUGUGCGUUGGAAAGUAACAUUGAAGGUGCUGGAAGUUAUGAAAAAAUGCAUUUUGUCAAUCUCAUACUACGAAAGAUUGGGUGAGGUUAUUCAUGACGUCUUACUUCGCGAUUCUUCUAUCCACCACACACUCUUUCGAAUUGUGUGUACAACUACACAGACCUUAGAGAAUCUCUAUGUUAGCCGUCUAUUUGAAUUGAUGGAGAUUGAAGGAUUACAGCUCGCCAUGAGUUCUGUUCUAGAUAUUCUUUUCAUCAUGAUCUCCAAAUUUUCAAAGGAUGUAUCUUCCAGCCUUCCUAUCUUUUAUCAAGCAGUGCUGUCAUGUAUGACCAAACCAGUUCCUGUCGUGGCUGCCGUUAUAUCCCUAAUAUCGUAUUUUCGCAGUCCUGCAAUCCAAGUUGGUGCUGCCAGGGUACUGUCAGAAUUGUUGAUUGUUGCAGAUUAUUUGCAACAAUAUUUGGUUGGCAAUGCAUGCUUUGGUUUGGAUGAUAAGCAGAUUACAGAUUUGAGGCAUUCUGUUAACCACAUACUACUUGAGCAAUCAUCAUGGAAUGAAGAUCUCUUUGUUGCCAUAGUCAUUAUGCUCACGUCUGCAGCAAAUUAUCAGCCUGCUUUUCUUGUUGCCGUAUUUUCUGCCAUAGGGUCUAGAGAUGUCCAAAAUAGCAAUGGUGGUGAUGCGAAGCAAGCAGCAAAUGAAACUUCCCUUGGGCCACAGGGUUCUAGGAAAUCAAUUCUGGUAGAUGCACUCAUGCACUAUCUUGAUAGGGAAAAUGAUCUUAUCAACAGCAAUCCCAGAAUCCUGUUGAAUGUACUCAACUUCUUGAAGGCCUUGUGGCAAGGGGCUGCUCAAUACACACAUAUUCUGGAGUGGCUGAGGAGCUCUGAAAAUUUCUGGAAACAUUUGUCCAACUAUAUUUCGUUAAUUGCUGGCACUAAAGAUGGGGCCCUUGAAAAUCUGACUGAAAAGGAGGCUCUAGACUUGGCAUGUAAAUAUCGCUGUCAAUCUGUAAUAUUAGAAAUAAUGGCAUAUGAGAUGUUCCUGCAGAAGAAGUUGUCACAUGCUGAAUCACUUGUAAAGCAUGGGGCUGAGUUGAAGGACAGGAUAGAAAAUGCGGUCAAUGUUGAAAAAUCAAAAGCUGUGAGAGAUAUUGUGUCAAACUGGUGUGAGAGCUCUGUUUUAGGCAAUCUGAUCAAGUCACAUACUUCUUGUGAUUACAACAACGAAAAAUUCUUCCGUGCAAAGGUUGCUUCCAGUUUAUUCGCCGUGCAUGUGAUGGGUAGAUUAGCAGCCCAUGACUCAGGAACAUUGUCUGUCGCAUUACUUGAGAAGAUCCAUGUGAUUUGGAAAAAGUUGAGCACUCAGCGUGCCUUUUCUGAAUUGUUGGCUCAAUAUUCUCAGUGUGGUUACAGUGAAGGCAAGGAGCUUGGUUCUUUAAUUCUCAGUGAUCUUUAUUAUCAUAUACAAGGUGAGCUUGAAGGCCGUAAAAUUGGUCCUGGGCCUUUCAAAGAACUCUUUCAGUAUCUAGUUGAAUCAAAGAUUUUGCAGAGCUAUCAGCAUAAGUAUGAUGAUGACCUUUCUGCUACUUCCAAAGAUGUGUACUUGUUUGACCUUGUACGCCUCAGAGCAGAUUUGGGAUUAGAUAUGUGGGAUUAUUCGGAGUGGAAAGCAUCCAAAGCAACUGCUGAAACAAUGUUGCGUUGCAUGCAGAAUGCAAACUCAAUGGUGUUGCUUGCAAAUUCAAGGCAUUCUGCACUGAAAGCAUUAAUAACUGUUUUAACAGUCUACCAGGAUCAGUCACCAGAGCAAAAACCUGUUGGAGCAAAGGUCCGUGACCAAGUCUUUUUAUCAUGCAUUGAUCAUAUUUGCCAAUGUUUCUGUGCCACAGUAGAAUCAUUAGUGCCAAUUCUGGAUGGCUCUGAUGAUAUCCUAUGUUUUCUAACUGGCCAAGUAGAAUUGCUUCUCCAUAUUGUGAGAUCUGCAUAUGAGAGUUUGUCCUUGCUCGCUCGUGUACUUGUCUUAAAAACCUUGGGUUCUGGCCUUAAAGUGUUGAGUGACUUGAGGCGAUCAGUUAUGGGGGUUAACACGACAAUGAAACUCUUACUGACGUUGCUUCUAUCGACUGUGGAGUUUACUUGCCUUGGUACACGAAUUGAUGGGGCAACAGACAUGGAAUCUGUCAAAGACUCGGCUGAGAUUUCAAAUGCAACUAUUCCGCUUCUACCUAUUCUCUGCAACUGCACUACUAGGGCUGAGCAUUGCACUCUCUCUCUGAUGACUAUGGACUUUAUACUAAGAAGUCUCUUGAUGCCAAACACUUGGUUUCCAAUCAUACAACAUCAUCUACAACUGCAGAAUUUAAUUCUUAAGCUUCAAGAUAAAAAUUCAUUUGCAUCCCUUCCCAUAAUAUUAAAAUUCUUUCUGACACUGGCACGAGUGAGAGGAGGUGCUGAAAUGCUUCUUAAUUCUGGUUUUUUCUCAUCUCUGAGGGUUUUAUUUGCUGAAUCCUCGGAUGGUAGACUUUUCUCCUCAAUUAAUAGUGAGGGGAACAUCUCCAGCUCAUCUGACAAAAUUGAAAAGCCUCAGCACAUAUGGGGACUUGGCUUGUCAGUGGUUACAGCUAUAAUUCAAUCUUUAGGAGACAGUUCAACUGGCAGUGAUAUUGUGGACAAGAUGAUACCUUACUUCUUCUCGGAGAAAGCUUAUAUGAUAUUUUAUCAUCUCAAUGCACCAGACUUUCCAUCUGAUGAUCCUAACAAGAAAAGACCUCGGGCUCAAAGGACACAAACUUCUUUUGCUGCUCUUCAGGAAACAGAGCACACCCUCAUGCUAAUGUGUGCGCUAGCGAAACAUUGGAAUUCAUGGGUUAAAUCCAUGAAAGAAAUGGAUUCGCAGCUGAGAGAGAAAAGCAUUCACCUAUUGGCCUUUAUUAGCCGAGGAACUCAACGCCAUGGAGAGGCUUCCAGCAGGGGUGCCCCUCUUUUAUGUCCUCCUACCCUCAAGGAGGACUUUGAUUGCUGCAAGAAAGCAUCUGUCAUCAAAAGUAGAAGUGGAUGGUUUGCUCUUUCACCUCUUGGUUGUGUGUCAAAACAUAAGUUCACUGCUGUCUCAACUGCUGUAACAAUCAAGGAUCAAGCAAAUGAGAAUAAUGAUGUUUCUCAAACAUACUUCUCAGACGCUAUUGCCUUAAAGAUCUACAGAAUUGCAUUUCUUAUUUUGAAAUUUCUGUGUUUACAAGCUGAGGGUGCUGCCAAAAGGGCAGAGGAGUUGGGGUUUGUUGAUCUUGCUCAUUUUCCUGAGCUACCAAUGCCUGAAAUUUUACAUGGUUUACAGGAUCAGGUCGCUGCUAUUGUUACGGAGCUGUGUGAGGCCAACAAGUCGGAGCGGAUUCAUUCCAAAAUCCAAAAUGUCUGCUGCUUAUUGCUGCAGAUAAUGGAGAUGGCCUUAUAUUUGGAACUGUGUGUUCUACAGAUUUGUGGCAUAAGACCUGUACUGGGGCGUGUUGAAGAUUUCUCAAAGGAACUAAAAUUGUUAAUAAGAGCAACAGACAGCCAUGCUUUUCUGAAAGCGUCAAUGAAGUCCUUGAAACUUAUAAUAUUAUCAGUCUAUCCAGGCUUGUUACAAUCCGAGGGUUUCUUGUGAAAUACAUGUUGAUAUUGGUGAAUUCCGUUGGCCUAAAAGGAGAGUAGAAAAAGGCGUAGGAGUUCUAGAUUUUGUAAAUAAUUCGAGAUAGCAACAUGAUUCGUGACAGUUUUAAAAGAAGGCGUGUAUAAAAUAUUGGACAUGUUUAAAUAUUUUAUCAUUUGUAGCAAUUUCUUGGUCAUUGGUUUUGUGAUUCCAGGGAGGUGGUUUUUGA